CGCCACUCCAACGGCGGCGGUGAUGAAUCCUCCAAGUCAAGGUGGGGCUCCGACAGGAGCGGUGGCGGCGGAUUCGGUCGGGAGGCGAAUAGGGAUUUGGGUCCUUCUAGGGCCGACGAGGUUGAUAAUUGGGCGACGUCGAAGAAACCCUCGGUAGCUGGGAACGGGUUCGAGAGGAGGGAUAGAGAUAGAGGAGGAUUCUUCGAUUCGCAGUCGAAAGCGGAUGAAUCGGAGAGCUGGGUUGCGAAUAAGAGCUUUACGCCGUCGGAGGGACGAAGAUUCGGCAUGUCCGGCGGCUUCGACAGAGAGAGAAGAGGAGGAGGAGGAGGAGCAGGGUUUACAUCGAACGGCGGUGGAGCGGAUUCUGAUUUCUGGGGCAAGAAAAAAGAGGAUAGCAACGGCGGUGGGACUGUGAACGAGAGUGGGAGGCCAAGGCUGAAUUUGCAGCCGCGAACUCUGCCGAUUAGUAUCGUAACCUCGCCGGGUUCGGGGCCGGCGGCUUCUACGGCGAAGCCGAAGGGCUCGAACCCGUUCGGAGAGGCGAGGCCGAGAGAGGAGGUUCUGGCUGAGAAGGGACAGGACUGGAAAAAGAUCGAUGAGCAGCUCGAUUCGAUGAAGAUUAAGGAGGUGGGCGAGAAAGCAGAGGGUGGAUCUUCGUUUGGGAACAGGAGUUUUGGGAUUGGGAAUGGGCGUUCUAGUGACCACACUGAGAUGAGUUGGAGGAAGCCUGACACCACGGAAGAUGAUGCUUCUUCCCACAG